AUGUCGGGAAAACUGAAGUUAUCCCUAGAUAUUUUAAAGGAGAUUACACUUCUAGAUACAAGGAUGAUGAUGAUGUCAGCCACACACUACGAUGACCUGCUUAUGGAGAAUGAAAUCUACAUCAAAGAUGCAAUAGUUCAUCGAUUCCUAAUAGAUCUAAACUUAAAAAUGAUUUUUGUUAAAGAGCUGGAAGUUAAAGACUCUGAGCACAGGGCCAGCUAUUAUUCGGUGCCGGAGGAAUCCCAGCAUGGCACCUUUGUGGGCCGCAUCACUCAGGAUCUGGGACUGGAAGUGGAGGAGCUGAUGCCUCGGAUGUUCCGGAUGGAAUCCCAAAGCCACGGAGAUUAUUUAGAGGUAAAUGUCCAGAAUGGAAUUUUGUUUGUCAAUUCCCGAAUAGACAGGGAGGAGCUGUGUGCCAAGAGCCCUUUGUGUUCCAUUCAUCUGGAGGUGAUUGUAGACAAGCCUCUGAAGGUCUUCCAUGUAGAGGUGGAAAUUAAGGAUAUAAAUGACAAUGCUCCUAUGUUCCCUCAGAAGGAACAACAUGUCUUUGUUUCAGAAAUGAGGAUGCCUGGAUCAUUUUUCCCACUGCAGGGAGCUUCCGAUGCAGAUAUUGGUCCAAACUCUCUCCUCACUUAUGCACUCAGUCCUAGUGAAUACUUUGCUUUAGAUGUUCAGAGGAAACAUGAUGAAAGCCAGUCACUAGGACUCCUUUUAAAGGCCCCUUUAGACAGAGAGGUCAAGGCUAUGUAUCGUUUGCUGCUGACAGCCACAGAUGCAGGGAAACCAGCACUCAGUGGCACAGCGCAGCUGGUGAUUUCUGUGCUCGAUGAAAAUGACAAUGCACCUGCCUUUAAUCAAUCCAUUUACAAAGUCCAGAUGGCAGAGGAUGUGCCAAGUGGGACAUUAGUAAUGAAAUUAAAUGCUACAGAUUUGGAUGAGGGAACCAAUCAAGAUGUUAUAUAUUCAUUCCAAAACCAUGUGCCUGUUAAAUUAAAAAAUACAUUUACUCUAGAUUCCAUAACUGGGGAAAUAAGGACCAAAGAGCAAUUAGAUUUUGAGGAAAACCAUCAAUAUGAAAUCCAGGUACAAGCUAGUGAUAAAGGAAGCAACCCGAUGACGGGAUAUUGUACCCUUGUGAUUGAAGUGCUGGAUGUCAAUGACAAUGCCCCAGAGAUGUCACUGAAGUCUCUGUCAGUACCAGUGCCAGAGGAUUCCUUGCCUGGGAUGGUGGUAGCCCUGAUCAGUGUGUCAGAUAGGGACUCUGGGGCCAAUGGCCAGAUAAACUGCUCCCUGUACCCUGCUGGGCUUCCCUUCAAGUUAACAUCCACUUUCAAGAAUUACCACUCUUUGGUUGUGGCUGAGCCCUUGGAUCGGGAGAAGGUGGCAGAAUACAAACUGAUUGUAAAAGCCCAAGACCAUGGGGCACCAUCCAUGUCAGUCACCAACAGCCUGGUGGUACCCAUUGGGGAUGUGAACGACAAUACACCAACUUUCCCCCAAUCUUCUUAUACUGUCUUUGUGAAGGAGAACAACCCACCUGGUGCUCACAUCUUCACGGUGUCUGCCUCGGACCCUGAUGUGGCUGAGAAUGCCCUGGUCACCUACUGGAUAGAUCAGAAGCUCUGGCCACUCUCCAGCUACAUCUCUGUGCACUCAGAGAGUGCGAAACUCUAUGCCUUGCAGCCUUUUGACUAUGAGGAGCUGAAGCUACUGGAGUUCCAAGUGAUUGCCAAGGAUGCUGGAUUGCCUUCCUUGUAUGGCAAUGUGACCAUUCAAGUCUUUGUGAUGGAUGAAAAUGACAAUGCACCGGCUGUAUCUGGGCAGUCGGAGGAAGCUCCCAUUCUUCUAGUGUUUCCUGUGACAGCUGGGCAUGUGGUGGGCAAAAUCCGUGCCCUGGAUGCUGAUUCAGGCUAUAAUGCAUGGCUGCGCUAUGAAAUACACGAGGGAGCCAAUGGUCCUUGGCGAGUAGGACAAUACAGUGGUGAGGUCAGCACCACACGUGUCCUUGAUGAGGGAGAAGUUAGUGGCAACAGUCACUGUGUGCUAGUGGUGGUGAAGGAUCAUGGAAAGCUGAUGGUUAAAAGAAAAGUGCCUUUGGAUCAGGCUCUUUUGGCCCAGUCCAGAAUUCAGGGAAAGAAAGAUGACCAGGUUCAUCUGAAUCCCUAG